AUGAGCAGUCGCCUUGUAUCACCUUCCUCACUUCACAAUUCCAGGCUUUACCUCGCUCCGAUCAUCAUUCCCGUCGGUGACGUUCUAACCUACGACUGGGCUGUUCCUUUUCCCCCCGGGACUUUGUAUGAAAUAUGCAUGUUUGAUAAAAACGGGCACACGGGCGGGUGUCAAGCAGCAUAUACAGUUACUUCCCCCACUACUGAACCUACCUGUGCAAACGUUACCUUGCCACCCUUUCUUUCUGUCGAUGCCCAAGUCAAUAACGGCCCAAUGUCGAGGUAUGGAUGGAUUGAACAAUGUUCUGAUAUUUCUGUUACCCCCAAGAACGGAACUCCCCCGUACACUCUUACGGUUGCUCCUUCCCUCCAGCCUCCAUACAACAUCACGAGCUCGGAUAUGAAGAGCAUCAAUUGGACAGUUACACUGUCAUGGGCGAUGCCGUUUUUUAUAAGUGUCGUCGAUUCCGCCGGUAAUAUGUGGGCCAAUGGACUUCUACAUAGCGGCUCUGGGUCUCACACCGCCUGUCUUUCUGGUGGUACAGCUCAAGCGAUGAGCCCCCACAUGGUCAAACCGGUUAUCGCCAUUGGUGCGGGUGCUGGUGGACUAGGUCUUGGGCUUCUUAUACUGGUCAUCGUGUUAUUCUGCCAGCGGCGCCGCCGUCUUUUCAACAAAAGAUAUGUGGAUCGAGCCCUGCACGACCCUCCCACCAGCCCAGGAACCUUGUCAACACAGCAAACGUCUAGACCUUCGACGGCUUUGAGUGGUCUUCAGAACAAUUUGCUGGGAACUGCCAACCGAUUACCGACUUACAACAUCGAGCCCUUCAUAAUGCCUGGGGAAGAAGAGCCUCUCAGCCGUCAAUCGGCUUCACCCCUUCCCGGCGCGACUGGUCGUACGCUAUCCUCUGACAACUCUUCCUUUGGUGCGCAAAACCAAAUCUACGUCGUUCACCAUGAUAGCCAAGCUCCGCCUGUAACUAUCUACCACGAGGAUGGUACGCGCAUCGUCGAAUUGCCGCCGAGGUAUCCUGCCAGCGGUUCUGGUCGGAGCGAAGGGGCGAAUGAGACGCGGGCAGGGCGACGCAGUACGAGUGAUAGCAAAAGCGAUGGGGAACGGGCCGACGCAACCGCAACUCAGAGAAUUCUUAGGGAACACCGACGGCCAAACGUCUCCAAAAAGUCUCUUGGGGAGGGGGGUUGA